AUUGAAGAGUAAAAAUGGCCGUCUCCAGCCACGCAAGUACUGCCCUUUCCCAAACCCCGCUGCUCGAAAACAUCGUGGAAGGAGCUGUUGACUACAAAGGCCAGCGAGUUGGAAGAUCAAAUUCCGGUGGCUGGAGUGCUGCAGCUUUAAUCAUAGGGGUGGAGGUUUCGGAGAGGUUUGCGUACUAUGGGAUCAGCUCGAACCUGAUAACUUAUCUGACAGGGCCAUUGGGUCAGUCGACAGCUAAGGCAGCGGAGAAUGUAAAUGUAUGGAGUGGAACGGCUUUGAUGCUGCCUCUGUUGGGAGCCCUUGUAGCAGAUUCUUUUCUUGGGCGAUAUAGAACUAUUGUGGUGGCUUCUGUGCUUUAUAUUGUGGGACUGAGCUUGAUGAUUCUGUCAGCUAUACUACCUUCUACGAGCUGCCAAACCAACAAAAUCCUAUCAUGCUCAACAGAGAUCCAAGAAAUAUUAUUCUUCUUUUCUUUAUAUCUAGUGGCACUAGCACAAGGUGGACACAGGCCAUGUGUUCAAGCUCUUGGAGCCGAUCAAUUCGAUGAAAAAGAUGCAGAGGAGUCCAAAACCAAAAGUUCAUUCUUCAAUUGGUGGAAUUUUGGUAUAUGUGUUGGUUCCUUGGUGUCAUAUUUGAUCCUAAACUACAUACAAGACAACCUUAGUUGGGUUUUGGGGUUUGGAGUCCCCUGUAUUGCUAUGCUUCUUGCAUUUGUUGUUUUCUUGCUUGGAACUAAAACUUAUAGGUAUAGCAUGAUGCCACGCAAGAGAAGCCCGUUUGCGAGAAUUGGUAGAGUGUUUGUUGCAGCAUUUAAGAACAGAAGAUCAAACCCAGCAACAAUAACCAUUGAGGAGGAAUAUGGAACCCCAUCUUACCAAAGUUUUGAGCAAUUCAAGUUCCUGAACAAAGCCUUGCAUGCAGCAGAUGAGCCAUUGAUUAGUAUAAAUGAGGUUGAAGAAGCAAAGACCGUACUUAGACUUGUUCCAAUAUGGGGAUCAUGCAUGGCAGUUUCCAUUGCCAUUGCACAGCUCUCAACUUUAUUCACCAAACAAGGUGCUACCAUGGAUAGAAAAAUCCUGUUUGGCUUUAACAUACCAGCUGCUUCUCUUCAGUCAUUCACUUCCCUUUCCAUUCUUAUUUUCAUCCCCAUUUACGACCGCAUUUUCGUUCCUAUAGCAAGAGCUUUCACUGGAAAAACUUCGGGCAUCACAAUGUUACAGAGAAUAGGAAUUGGGAUAUUCUCAUCUUCUUUGUCCAUGGUAGUUGCAGCACUAGUGGAAAUCAAAAGGCUAAACACUGCACAACAAUUUGGUCUGGUUGACAUGCCAAGUGCUCCCGUUCCAAUGACUGUUUGGUGGUUGCUUCCCCAAUAUCUCCUAAUCGGAAUAGCAGAUGUUUUUGGGACGAUUGGUAUACAAGAGUUUUUCUAUAGUCAGGUCCCCAUUGAAAUGAGAAGCAUAGGACUAGCCCUAUUCCUUAGUGUUUUUGGUUUGGGGAACAUUCUAAGCAGCUUUUUGGUCUCUGCCAUUGACAAAGUAACUAGCCCUAAUAGCUGGUUUUCUAACAAUCUAAAUAAAGCACACCUUGAUUACUUUUAUUGGCUACUUGCUGGACUUUGCGCAAUCGGAUUUGUUGUCUAUUUGUAUUCUGCCAGAUCUUACAUUUACAAUGGAGGAUGUAUAUAGUUUUGCUCAGUUGGAACGUAUAGUUCCCAUUUAUGUAAAACACGCAUUU